UCAAGCUCCAUGUUGGGUGUAGAGAUUACUUUAAAAAAAAAAAAAAAAAGGUAAACCUGGAGCAUCUUGCAAUGCCAGAAAGUAAGAAAGUGCUCCAAAAACCAAAACCAAAACCACCCUACCAUUGAUGGGGACGUGUCGAAGGAGCAUAGGAGCCAAAAGAAAGAAUUUUCAAGGCCAAACCUGGAAUAAUUUGAUGAACAAAAUAAAGUCGUAUUAGAUUCUAAUACAAAGGAUAAAAGAGUCAUGGUUCCAUACUGACAUGAAUAAGUAAUUGAAUAAAUGAAUAAAUGGAGGGGGUGACACAAAUCUGUUACAGAAGAAUUCUAAAUAAUCUAUGUAGAUACUCUACCCUCAAGGAGAUGGAGGUUAACUCUCUACUCCUUAAGUGUGGGCUGCAUAUAAUGACUUCUUUUCAAAGAGUAUGGUCAUAGAAAAGGGGGUAGGGUAGGAGAGAGUCACUUUACAGUGGAGAAACCUAACAACAGUACUUUAUCCAGGUGAUCAAGGUCAAUACUCUCUCAACAAUGGUAAGUCAUACUGAAACUGUGUAUCCUUGAUACGAUAUGAUAAAAAUGGCUCUUGGCCUGCAUGGUUUUCCUCCCCCUUUAAAAAGCAUAACACCAGUCUAAGUAUGAGAAAAAUUGGGUGAAUUCCAGCUCAGAAGUAUCUUACCAAAUGCUUAGCCAGUCAAGGUCAUCAAAAACAAAGGAAAGCUGAGAAACUGUCACAACCAAGAGGAGCCUAAGGAAACAAGAAGACUAAAUGUAAUGUGAAACAGAAAACUAACGUUUGGUAAAAACCAAGGAAAUCUGAACAAACUGUUGACUUUGGUUAAUAAUAAUGUAUCAAUUUUGGUUUUUUCAUUGUGGCAAAUAUACUAGACAAACUUAAGUUGCUAAUAGGAAGAACUGGCUGGAGGGUACAUGGGAACUCCAUACUAUCCCCUCAAUUUUUCUAUGAGUCAAAAACUAUUCUAAAAAUAAACCGUAUUUUUAAAAAAUCUUGUUUCCAUCAGAACCUUGUUUCUGAUGGAUCUUUCUAAAAAUACUCUGUUUAUAUGCGGAGAUAUUGUCAAUUCACCCCUCCCUAUUCUUUCUCCACCUUUCUCUACUCUGCUCUGUGCCCUGAAGACUGAUCUUAUGAGUAAUGAACAAGCUGUCUGGCUCCUUAGCUGUCUGCCUUCUUCCAGUAGAAUUUGGGCAAUGGAGAAAUGGAGGGGUGGGGAAGAUCCAACCAGCAAAAGAUGAGAGCAUAUCUUGUAUCAGGAGAGAGAAAAAAAUAACAUACAGGAAACGAAUAGAGAACUAUUGAAUACGAAAUUGUGUGGUUACUGAAAAGCAGCCCAAUGAGUUGUUCAGAGGAGAGAUCGGAAAAGGUCAUGGAAGCGCCAGGCAGCAGGUUGGAGCCGCCGCCGCUCCCGGAGUACAGCUGCAGCUACCUGGUGUCGCGGCCCGUCUACAGCGAGCUCGCCUUCCAGCAGCAGUACGAGCCGCGCCUGCAGGAGCGCAAGACGCUGCGGGAGAGCCUGGCCAAGGGCUGCAGCUGUUCAAGAAAGAGAGGCCUUGGUGUCCUGAAGACUCUCCUGCCCAUUUUGGACUGGCUCCCCAAAUACCGAAUCAAGGAAUGGCUGCUUAGUGACAUCAUUUCAGGAGUUAGUACAGGGCUGGUGGGCACGCUGCAAGGCAUGGCGUAUGCUCUGCUAGCUGCAGUCCCUGUUGGAUAUGGUCUCUACUCUGCUUUUUUCCCUAUCCUGACAUAUUUUAUCUUUGGAACAUCAAGACACAUCUCAGUUGGGCCAUUCCCAGUGGUCAGUUUAAUGGUGGGAUCUGUUGUGCUGAGCAUGGCCCCCGACGAACACUUUCUCAUAUCCAGCAGUAAUGGGACCGCAUUCAAUACCACCAUGAUAGAUUAUGUGGCCAGAGAUACGGCGAGAGUAUUGAUUGCAAGCACCCUUACUCUUUUGGUUGGAAUCAUACAGUUGAUAUUUGGAGGUUUGCAGAUUGGAUUCAUAGUGAGGUACUUGGCAGACCCUUUGGUUGGUGGAUUCACAACAGCUGCUGCUUUCCAAGUGCUGGUCUCACAGCUGAAGAUCGUUCUCAACGUUUCCACCAGAAACUAUAAUGGAGUUCUCUCCAUUAUCUAUACUCUGAUUGAGAUUUUUCAAAAUGUUGGCAACACCAAUCUUGCUGAUUUCAUUGCUGGAUUACUCACCAUUAUCAUCUGUAUGGCGGUUAAGGAAGUGAAUGAUCGAUUUAAGCACAAAAUUCCAGUCCCUAUUCCUAUAGAAGUGAUUGUGACAAUAAUUGCUACUGCUAUUUCAUAUGGAGCCAACCUGGAAAAAAAUUACAAUGCUGGCAUUGUUAAAUCCAUCCCAAGAGGGUUUUUGCCUCCCAUACUCCCACCCGUGAGCCUGUUUUCUGAGAUGCUGGCUGCUUCGUUUUCCAUCGCCGUGGUGGCUUAUGCUAUCGCAGUGUCUGUAGGAAAAGUUUAUGCCAUCAAGUAUGAUUACACCAUCGAUGGGAAUCAGGAGUUCAUUGCCUUUGGGAUCAGCAACAUCUUCUCGGGAUUCUUCUCUUGUUUUGUGGCCACUACUGCCCUGUCCCGCACCGCCGUCCAGGAGAGCACCGGGGGAAAGACCCAGAUUGCCGGCAUCAUCUCGGCUGGGAUUGUGAUGAUCGCCAUUGUUGCCCUGGGGAAGCUGCUAGAACCCUUGCAGAAGUCGGUCUUGGCCGCCGUUGUCAUUGCCAACCUGAAAGGGAUGUUCAUGCAGGUGUGUGACGUUCCUCGUCUGUGGAGACAGAGUAAGAUCGAUGCUGUUAUCUGGGUGUUCACGUGCAUAGCAUCCAUCAUUCUGGGGCUGGACCUCGGUUUACUAGCUGGCCUCAUGUUUGGACUGCUCACUGUGGUCCUGAGAGUUCAAUUUCCCUCAUGGAACGGCCUUGGAAGCAUUCCUAGCACGGACAUUUACAAAAGUACCAAGAGUUACAAAAAUAUUGAAGAAGUCGAAGGAGUGAAGAUUCUUAGAUUCUCUAGUCCUAUUUUUUAUGGCAACGUUGAUGGUUUUAAAAAAUGUAUCAAGUCCACAGUUGGAUUUGAUGCCAUUAGAGUGUAUAAUAAGAGGCUGAAAGCACUGAGGAAGAUACAGAAACUCAUCAAAAAAGGACAAUUAAGAGCAACAAAGAAUGGCAUUAUAAGGGAUGCCGGUUCAUCGAAUAAUGCUUUUGAGCCUGAUGAAGAUAUUGAAGAUCCAGAAGACCUUGAUAUUCCAACCAAGGAAAUAGAGAUUCAAGUGGAUUGGAACUCUGAGCUUCCAGUCAAAGUGAAUGUUCCCAAAGUGCCGAUCCAUAGCCUCGUGCUUGACUGUGGAGCCAUAUCUUUCUUGGAUGUUGUUGGAGUCAGAUCACUGCGAAUGAUUGUCAAAGAAUUUCACAGAAUUGAUGUAAAUGUGUACUUUGCAUCCCUUCAAGAUCAUGUGAUAGAAAAGCUGGAGAAGUGUGGUUUCUUUAAUGAUAAUAUUAGAAAGGACAUAUUCUUUUUGACCGUCCAUGAUGCUGUCCUCCAUCUACAGAACCAGGUUAAAUCUCGAGAAGUUCAAGAUUCCAUUUUAGAAACGAUUACUCUCAUUCAAGACUGUAAAGAGCCUCUUGAAUUAAUGGAAGCAGAGCUGAUUGAAGAAGAACUUGAUGUCCAGGAUGAGGCUAUGCGUAGUCUCGCUUCCUGAAAGUGGGCUCAGGAGGUCGCGAUAAGCCAGGACUGCAAGGCAGACUUCACCCACCAAUGUCAUUCUAUGCAAACAUUUUCUGCAUUGACUAUAUCUUUGGACUUGAAAUACUCAUUCUCUUUCCAUUUGAUUUUUAAAACUCUUUGAUUUUUUUUAAACCUCUUAGCCAAUGAAAGAGAACCACUAAGACUUUUUUUUCAAGGCUUUAUUUAUAAAAUAAAUAGCCUCCUCUAAAAUGUGCAAAAUGGUGAGGAGAAUGAUCCAGGUGAGUUAGCAAUGUCCAGAUCUGCUGACGUUAUGCUGCUGUUGCCCCACAACGGGUUUGCUAACAGUGUUCUCGUGGGUACUGGUGAACCUCUGUUUAGUCCGGUAAGUGUGCCCCGACAGUCUCUGUGAGCAGGUAAAUCAGGAAGGAUUAUCAUAAAGAGAACUCCAUUCCUGACUGACCAGGACACCCAUGAGCUGCAGGGGUCUUUACUGCAGCUCAUGGGUGCAGUAAAGACUUUACUGAUGAGUAAAGGCAGAAAUUUCAUUAUUAACGCAUUUAUCAAUAAAAGUCUUCAAAAAUCACUUUUAGUAAAUACAUCAACAAAGUUUUUAUUUUUUAUUUUUUUAAUUAUUUUUUAAAUGAUUUUUUAUUAUGUUAGUCACCAUACAGUACAUCCCCGGAU